GGUUAAAAACGCGUACGGCGUCGUCGCGUUCCCUCCCCCCAUUUCAUCCUUGUCCCCCUCCUCGCCAUCCUCCCCCCUCUCCCUCCUUUUACUCCGCAUCGCCUCGCCUCGCCUCGCCUCGCCGCCUCCUCCCGGUCUCGCUGAAACCCUUGCGGCUGUCGCCGCGCCACCGCCGCGGUCGAUCCGACCGGGCCGCAGCUCGGGGGUACCCGCCGCCACCGCAUCCUCCGAGGGCCGCAGGCGGAGUCGUCGUCUUCGGCGGCGGGAAUUGGAUGCGCCACGGAGCAGGCGGGAGGACCUUGCUGAGUUGAACACGGCGGCAAGGGGGGCGACGCCAUGCCGGGGGUGCCGUCCGCAUCGGGAUCGGGGAUCUGGUCGCGGCGGCGGGACGAGAUCACGUUCGAUCGCCUCCAGAAGUUCUGGAAUGACUUGCCUCCUCAAGCACGGCAGGAGCUCCUCAAAUUGGAUAAGCAAACUCUCAUUGAACAAGCACGCAAGAAUUUCUACUGCUCACGGUGCAAUGGACUACUUCUGGAAAGUUUCACACAAAUAGUUAUCUAUGGGAAGUCACUGCAGCAAGAAGCUUCAGAUAUUGGUCUACUCAGGACAUCAACUGAGUCAAGGAUUACACAAGGGGAACAAGACGGGGCUCAGGACCCAUCAGUUCAUCCUUGGGGAGGUCUUUCAACCACAAAGGAUGGUGUCCUUACACUUCUUGACUGCUUUAUAAAAGCGAAGUCACUACGGGUGCUUCAGAAUGUAUUUGACAAUGCACGAGCAAGAGAAAGGGAACGGGAAAUGCUUUAUCCUGAUGCCUGUGGUGCUGGUGGCAGAGGAUGGAUUAGCCAAGGGAUGGCUAAUUAUAGGGGGCAUGGAACAAGAGAAAUGUGUGCUCUGCACACUGCCCACCUUUCAUGUGAUACACUGGUGGAUUUCUGGUCAGCACUAGGUGAAGAAACUAGAUCAUCUCUUCUUCGGAUGAAGGAGGAAGAUUUCAUUGAAAAACUUAUGUACAGGUUUGAUAGCAAGAGAUUUUGCCGAGAGUGCCGAAGGAAUGUUAUCCGUGAAUUCAAGGAGCUGAAGGAAUUGAAGCGCAUGCGAAGGGAACCUUGCUGCACCAGUUGGUUCUGUGUUACAGAUACUGCUUUUCGAUGUGAGGUAUUUGAGGAUGCAGUCAUAGUCGAUUGGCGCCAGUGCUUAUCAGAGCCAGAUGGCUCUUAUGAUCACUUUGAGUGGGCCAUUGGGACAGAUGAAGGAGAAUCUGAUAUUCUUGGCUUUGAAGAUGUUGGGAUGAAUGCACAAGUCCACAGAAAUGGAAUUAAUCUUGAUCAGUUUGAGGACUACUUCAUAACUCUACGAGCUUGGAGGCUUGAUGGCGACUACACAGAGCUGUGUGUAAAAGCACAUGCAUUGAAGGGUCAAUCAUGUGUGCACCACAGGCUUCUGGUGGGUGAUGGCUUUGUUACAAUGACAAAGGGUGAAAGUAUUAGAAAUUUCUUUGAGCAUGCUGAAGAGGCCGAGGAAGAGGAUGAAGAUGAUGCCAUGGAUAGGGAUGGAAAUGAUUUUGAUGGUGAUGGCUCCCAUCCACAGAAGCAUGCCAAGAGCCCUGAACUGGCAAGAGAGUUUCUUUUGGAUGCUGCUGCUGUGAUAUUUAAAGAACAGGUUGAGAAGGCCUUCAGAGAAGGUACAGCGCAGCAGAAUGCACAUAGUGUUUUUGUGUCGCUUGCACUAAAACUUUUGGAAGAGCGAGUUCAUAUAGCAUGCAAAGAAAUUGUUACUUUGGAAAAACAGAACAAACUUCUUGAGGAAGAGGAGAAAGAGAAGCGUGAAGAACAAGAACGCAGGAUGAAGAGGAGAACAAGAGAGAGAGAAAAGAAGCUCAGGAGAAAAGAAAGGCUGAAAGAAAAGGAAAAUAAAGGGAAAAGACUAGUCGAACCAAAGUCACCAGAUGAUGAUAUUUCAUCUUCAGCUCUAAGCAACUCCUCGACAUCUACCAAUGAUGAUUUGGCUAAUACUCUUGACUCAAGAGAUUCAGCUACUGAAGACGAAGAUAAUGCUGAAGUUUUGGAUCUGUGCUCUCCUGACAGCAGUAUAGAUCAGUCUUCGUGUAUGGAAAUUAAUGGAGAAAACAACUUACACUGCAAUGCAGCGGCAGAGUUUGGUCCAAUGGAUUGCAGUGACCUUUGCACCUCAGAGCAAUCCAAAUAUUCAAAACGAAAUCCAAGAUUGAGAGAGGAUUUUCCUCAAGAUCAGGCCUGUUGGUAUGAUGACUGCCAAGAUGAAGCUGGAAGGAUUGGUGAUUUACAGUGGCAGCCGAGGCAAAGAACAAGAAGUGGUGAUAGAAGCUGCAACGCAGCAUCCACUAUAAAUAAUAGAACAAGAGAUAGGCAUGCAUACAAUUCUUGCAGCUGUGGCCAUCAGGAAGACUACAGGGUUGUGGAUAGUUGUUUUUUGUCUACAGCAAGAUCUGGUAGGGAGAUGAAGAUGGCAAGGAAAUCGGGAGUUGAGAAGCCUAGGGCCCAGUACCGCAGAUGCUAUCCGUUGGACAGCUUUGUAGUCUCGAAAGGAACCCGUAUUGGCAGUACACAGAAAAAUGCUAUUCCAAAGCAAGUAUGGGAGCCAAUGGAUGCUCGAAAGAAGACUAAUUUAGAAAACACGGAUCAUGUUGACAGUAUCGAUCCACUAAAACUGGUGGGUUGUGAUACCAGUGGAUGUCAAAAGCUUGGUGUAGGAUGUGAAUCACAGCCUCUGGCUUCUGGAAGUUCCAGCGAUGUUUGUAAAUCAGAUCAGCCGUGUGCAAUCACUGAGAGAAGUCAAGCUGCCACUUGUGAUGGUACUCUUACGUUGAAUAAACGAAACUAUUACCCUGGAAAUGAUGAAGGUUCAAGGCAUGAUGAAGAGCUGAUGACGAACUCUGCUGGUUCUGACAGCUCCUCUUCAUGUCUGAGCGAGGGAGAUAGGGAUAGCAGCUCCAGCAGCAUGACCUCUUCGAGUGCUCAGAAUCCGGAAUCGUCUUCAUCUGAAUCAGAGGAAUCCCCAGACAGAACAAAGAGCACUGUAGGCACUCCAUCGUCAAGAACUACAUCACGUUCAUUGUUUGAGGCAUGUGCAGGAAACGGUUUCAGAGAAUACCAACCGAAAGCAACACGCCUCGCUCACAAUGACAGAUUUGGAUUCAACAAAUCGCCUCUCCAGGAUCAGGUACUGCAUCACCAAAGCUUGCAUGCACCUCCAUAUUCGCCGGCAACAGUGGGGCUUCACAACUGUUCUUUGGCUGCUCAAACAAAUGGAAGCUUCCAUUAUGGCCGGACUACCCACUUAUAUCCUAGUCCGCUCUUUUUCAGAGCACCUGGGAACCAUUUUGUUGAUUAUCCAGUCCAGUAUAACAGUGUAAAUCCUUACCUGGCACCUGCCUUUAGUCAUAUGCCUCCAGAGCCUAUCCACAAGGCUGCAGCCAGCUUCAGAGCCAUACCUCCAUCACUGCCUUUUCAAAAUGGACCUCAGCAUAUUGCUGGUCAUGCUUAUAGAGACAUGAAUCUAGAGAGAUACCCUUCAAAGUUGAUGACGCCAUCAGGCAAGGAUCUCCCAGAAGACAAGAUCAACUCAGGCCUAAAGGACCUCCCGGAAGACAAGAACAAAUCACAGGAUGCAGAUGCGUCCUUCUCUCUGUUCCAGUUUAACCUGCCAAUAGCUUCGCCUGUAACACCGUCAUCUGAAGAUGAUAAGAACAGAGAGUUGGCUGCAAGGACGCCAUUGGUUCAGGUUCAAGGUCAGCUUUGCUCGAGGGAGCAGGCAGAUGUGAAGGAGUAUAAUCUGUUCUCGAAAGAUAAUGGUAUAUUUUCGUUUAUGUAGAUAAAGAAAAACUGUGACAGACGUGCUCUCCUCCGUUUCUGCUACUAUGGCUCUCACUGCAUUUCGUUAAUGAUGUGUAUUAUCCGAAUGAAAUAAAGGAUGUUCAGAAUUUUCUUGUUUC